AUGUCGACGAAUGAUGAGCUAGCAUCAGGUGGAGCACCUAUUGCAGGUGGAUCAAGAAGCGGCGGUGGCGGAGCGCCAGCAGUAGUUCCUCAACAAAACGCAGCCGCACCAUUCGGAAUCAACAGCAGCAUCCCGUUUCCAGCUCCUUUGAAGCUUGACGGUAACAUGAAGGAGAAUGUUGACAACUUUCGGGACUCGUUUGACAUAUAUUUGAUUGCGUCAGGGCUGGAACUGCGGGAUGAACGAGUAAAAAUAGCAACAUUCAAAGCUGCGCUCGGGUUGGAAGCACGUAAAAUUUUCAAUCUUUGGCCUUUGACACCCCAGGAGAGCAACACGGUGGGUGCAUGCUUAAGAUCUCUUUCGAAGUACAUGGUCCCGCAAAAGGAUGUUAAACUGGCACGAUACGAGUUCUUCCAGUGCCGUCAGCAACCAGCCAGCGAGGAUCACGAGGCAGAAAGUGUUAUGCAUUUCAUCAACAGAGCGCGGGAACUUGUCAAAGAUUGCAAUUUCGGAAACUUGGAAGACGAAAUGCUCCGGGAUAGCAUCAUAACUGGUAUUCUCGAUACUAAUUUGAAAAAACGAUUCAUCGAACAACCAAAUUUGACCUCGGCGAUGGUCAUUGCCCAAUGUCAAACGGAGGAAGCGACCCGAUUGGAAAUGGUCCGACAUAACUGGCUGCAACCUACAACAACACAUUCAGUCAACAAGCUGGAUAGUAAGAAGAUGGAAAAAAAGUGCACUUUCUGCGGGAAAGGAUACCAUGUAAAACUGGCAGAAUGCCCAGCUCGAGGAGCUCUUUGUAACUACUGCAAUCAACGGAAUCAUUUUGCGGUCGUCUGCCGGAAGAAGAAGGAGGAUCAGCUUCGGCAAAGUCGACUGAAAUCAACAAGGAAGCCGAAUAGCAUCCGAACGGUUGAGCGAGAAGAUCGAGACAUGGAUGUAGAUUACAGGAGCGACGAGUCGAAUGAAGCAGUUCAGUACCUUUAUCAAGUCAAACGCGAUGGAGGAUCCGUAUUGCAAGCCGACGUUACGUUCUUCAAUGUGAAUAAUCAUCCGGUACCAGUGAAAUGCAUCCUAGAUUCCGGAGCGUCGUGCAACGUUAUUGGUAAAAGUGGAGCGAUACAAAUUCUGGGCACGAAGAAACUGAAACUCGACAACGAACAAACCGUAUUAAGAGCUUUCGGCGGUGGAUCUUUGAAGUCCUUGGGAAGAACCGUAAUACCAUGCGAGCACCGAGGUCAGAGGUUCAAGAUGGUCUUUCAUGUCGUGGAUUUCGAGCAGCCUCCUUUGCUUUCGAAAGAUACGUGCCUGGCGUUAAAGCUCAUAAAACUGUGUUUUUCGAUCAAUGCAGAACAAACUAAAACGGCAGAACAAAUCGUCAAGAAAUAUCCGGAAGUAUUCGAAGGACUGGGAAAGUUCGACGGAGCCGUUAAUUUGGAAGUCGAUGUCAACAUCAAACCGUCGGUACAGCAUCCACGAAGAGUGGCAGUGACUCUGAGGAAUGAGCUAGAACGGACACUAAACGAUAUGGAGCAACAGGGCGUUAUCUGUAAACAAGAGGAUAACACGGAUUGGGUAAGCAAUAUCGUGCUCGUCAAACGCAACAACAAAAUUCGUGUUUGUCUUGACCCAAUAGUUUUGAACAAAGCCCUCAAAAGACCGCACUAUCCAAUGCCGACAGUGAACGAGAUUCUGCCAGAACUGACAAACGCAAAAGUGUUCUCUACUUUGGAUGCCAAAUGUGGGUUCUGGCAAGUGUGCCUCGAUGAACAAAGUUCAAAACUUACGACCUUUUGGACGCCAUUUGGAAGAUACCGAUGGCUUAGGAUGCCAUUCGGUAUUUCACCCGCGCCGGAAAUUUUCCAGAAGAAACUGCACGAAGCUCUGCAUGGUUUGCGAGGAGUGCGUGCUCUGGCGGAUGACAUCUUAAUAUUCGGAUGCGGAGAUACCAUCGAGGAAGCGGUGUUGGACCAUAAUCGUUGUCUGGAAGCGUUAUUCAUACGAGUCAAGCAGCAGAACAUCAAACUGAACGUCGACAAGGUGAAGUUGUGUCAAGAAAAUGUAAAAUUCUUCGGGCAUGUCUUAACUCCAGCAGGCGUGAAAGUGGAUCCGGACAAGAUCAGCAGUAUUAUAGCUAUGGAAAGCCCAAAAGAUAUGCCAGCGCUUCAGAGAUUUUUAGGUACCAUAACGUAUUUGACCAACUACCUUCCAAGUCUAUCUACCGUAGCGGAACCAUUGCGUCGUCUAACUAACAAGGAUGAGCCGUGGACAUGGAACUAUGAACAAGAAUGUGUUUUCAUGCAACUAAAAUCGAUGGUGACCUCGGCCCCAGUUUUGCGAUACUUCGAUUCGAACAAAGACGUUGUUAUCCAGUGCGAUAGCAGUAGCGUAGGGUUAGGUGCAGUUCUCAUGCAGGAUGGACAUCCGAUUGUAUAUGCCUCGAAGACUCUGAGCAGCACGGAACGUAAGUACGCUCAAAUCGAAAAAGAGACCCUCGCUAUUCUAUUUGCCUGUCGUAAGUUUGAGUUAUAUAUACUGGGUAAACCGGUUAUGGUUGAAACCGAUCAUCAACCACUAAUAAGGAUCUUUAAAAAGCCACUAGUAGAAGCUCCACUACGGAUUCAACGAAUGUUGUUGGCGCUACAGCGUUAUCAAAUUACACUUCGCUUCACUCCAGGUAAGGAAGUCGUUAUUGCAGACAUGCUUUCGAGGGCUGCGUUGUCAAACAAGGAUACAACAGAUAAGGAAAUGUUUGACAUUUAUGAAGCGCAACAAAUCAACGUCAUUGAUUUCAUCCCUAUCUCAGACGAACGAGUUGAGCAGAUAACGAUUGAAUCUUGUAACGACCCCGAAAUUCAAACUGUUAUCCACUACAUUAUUGAUGGAUGGCCGAAUAAAAACGAGAUACCGGAAGGGGUUAAGGUAUACUGGCCGUAUCGUGAUGAGUUUAGUACGCACAACGGACUGGUGUACCGGAAUGACAGGAUUUUGGUACCUAAGAAACUGCGAGGCUCGAUCCUGAAACAGUUGCACCAGUCGCACUCAGGCAUCGAAGCAACUGUGAAACUAGCAAGAGAUACUGUGUUUUGGCCAGGUUUGAAUGACCAAAUUCGACAAACGGUUCAAAACUGUGAAGUGUGUUUGAAGUUUUCGGCGAAUCAGCAAGCCCAGCCGAUGCAGAGCCAUCAAAUACCAUGUUACCCAUUCCAGAAAGUGAGCAUGGAUUUAUUCGAGGUCGAGCUUGAUGGACGGAAGUCGGUGUACUUGACAACGGUUGAUCACUAUUCGGAUUAUUUCGAAAUCGACGAGCUGAAAGCAAUAAAUACAGGAGCUGUUAUUGUCGUUUGCAAAAGAAACUUUGCUCGAUUUGGAAAACCUCAGAUCGUAACCACUGAUAAUGGUGUGCAGUUCGUUAGCACGGAAUUCCGUAAGUUUGCAGCCGACUGGGGAUUCCAACAUACUACAUCGGCACCGUACCACCAGCAGGCUAACGGGAAAGCCGAAUCAGCUGUAAAAAUAGCAAAGUCGCUACUGAAGAAGGCAUCUGAAUCAAAACAGGAUUUCUGGGAAGUGCUAUUACAGUGGAGGAAUACCCCUAACAAAGUGGGUAGCUCUCCAGUCCAACGCUUAAUGAAUCGACGGACCCGUUUUGGAGUUCCCAUGGGUGAACAGAAAUAUCUUCCCAAGAUUGAAGAGGGAGUAAAAGAGAAGCUGCAACGUAAUCGACAGGAAGCUAAGCUGAACUAUGAUCGUAACACCAAGGUUUUGCCUUCUCUUGAAAUAGGACAACCAGUUUUCGUUAAAAAAACACCAACGGAGAAGGAAUGGACCCGUGCGACUGUAGUAGAUCCUGUUUCCGAUCGUUCUACUAUUGUAGCAGUAGGUGACCAAGAGUAUCGCCGUGAUAAUGUUAUGAUUAGACCAGCCCCGAGACCAGCACUACAAAUUCCGAAGCAAGAGACAAUUGAACACAAGUCGCAGGAGUCGCCAACACACCGACCACCAUCUGAACAUUCCUUUGUAACAUCACCAGGCGGAGUAGAUCGCACAUGUAUGCGGCCGCAAAGAAUCACCAGGCUUCCGCGCAGAUUUGAUGACUACGAAACGUAUUGA